UGAGUUUGAUACAUGUGUUAUACAUUAAUCCGAUAUUGUUAGUAAUAAUUUAGCUUGUGUGUCAAUAUAUGAGUCAGGAAUCGGGGUUAACUGCGAUCGGUUGAAAAAUUAUAAAUUAUAAAUAUGUCACCAGAUCUCAAAUGGUGCCUGACUAAUUACAUCUGCAAUUGACUUAAAAGAUACUUAACGUAACUUAACUAAAUAACUGAAGAUGCCAACUUUCAAACAAGUCGAUGUGUUCACCAAUGUUAAAUUUAAGGGUAAUCCUUUAGCUGUAUUCUUUGAUGCAGUACAUUUAACUACUGCAGAAAUGAAGUCCAUUUCCAAUUGGACUAAUCUUUCGGAAACUACUUUUGUAUUACCACCUACAACUCCUGAUGCUGAUUAUAAGGUGAGAAUAUUUACUACUCAAAGUGAAUUACCUUUUGCUGGUCAUCCGACUAUAGGUACUUGUUUUUCAUUACUUGAAGCUGGACUUAUAAAACCCAAUAAAGAUAAUAAAAUUAUCCAAGAAUGUGGGGCUGGAUUGGUUGAAAUUACUAUUAAAGGUUAUGAUGAAGAAGUUAAAGAUUUAUCUCAAGUGUUCCUUUCCUUUAAGUUACCUUACUACAAACCAUCUGAAAUAAAUGAAGAUCAAAUUCUAGAAGUGGCUAAUUCUUUGAGUAUUUCUACACAUGCCAUUGAAGGUUCUCCAGUAUUAAUAGAUGAUGGUCCUAAAUGGUUGACGUUCCAAUUACAAAGUGGACAAGCAGUAUUAGAUUUAGAACCUAAUUAUUCUGAAAUUGCUAACUUAAGUAUUAAAUAUGAUUGGGCUGGCUACAAUAUUUUUGGUAAGCACGAUGAUGGCUCAUUAGAAUUAAGAAGUUUAGCACCAGUUGAAGGAAUAAAUGAAGAUCCAGCCUGUGGAAGUGGUGCAGGGGCAGCUGGGGCUUAUAUUGGAUCAAUAUUGAAUAAUCACAAGAUUUCAAACUCUAAUUCUAAUUAUUUUCUUAAUCAAGGUUCUAGAAUUGGACGUGAUGCUAAAUUAACAGUACAUCUUGAUACUGACAAUGAAGGUAAGGUUUUGAUUAAUGUGGGUGGACAAGCUGUGACUUGUAUAGAUGGGAAUUACUAGACUUUUUUAAAGAUGGAUAGAAUCAGCUUAAAAUUAAAUUUUGUAGACGAUUAAGAUUGACACAAAAUAGUAUAUACUUGAAAUACAUUUACUACGGUAUUAAUUAGAAGUUAACAAUUGUAGCUAG